UCGCCAAUUCCUUGUCUGUGCCUUUCGCAACUGGUCUUUGUUUUUUGUUUUGUUGUUAUUUCUUGAUUCAUUCAAUAAUUUUAACUUGUGUAUAUAAAUAAUUAUCUAGUAAUUUUACGUGAUAGGUACUUGAAUUCCACAUCAUUCCAUACAUGCAUUCGAACUUCAGCCAUACAAUAUCAUGUCCACCCGCGAAAUACUAACGUUACAGUUCGGUCAUUAUUCCAACUAUGUAGGAGCACAUUUCUGGAAUAUACAGGAAUUAAGUUUCGACUACACUGGUACAGUAAAAGCGGAAUGCAAUCAUGAUAUUUUAUAUCGGGAAGGUCAGACCUCGACCGGAGAGGUAACCUAUACCCCUCGCUUGCUUUUGGCGGAUUUGAAAGGCUCUUUGAACACAUUGCCAUCCUCGGGAGGUUUAGAAGAAUCUCAAGUAGAAGAGGAUCUUCCGUGGAAUACUGUAGAGAAGAUUGAGGAACCAGCUGCCAGUAAAAACGAAUUCUUGAAGGACAUUAAUGAUGACAUUUCUUCCAAUAUAAAAGAGAAACAAUAUAAUUUAGAACAAGAUGUAAAAACAUGGACUGACUACCUAUAUCCUAGAUUUCAUUCCCGUACAGUUAAUGUUAUAAAAGAAUAUCAGCAUGGAGAUGAAAAUGAAAGCUUUGACUACAGCUGUUCUGGCAGGUCACUAUGGAAAUCUGAUUUUGGAGAAACAUUUUCUGAUAAAAUCAGAAAAUAUGUGGAGGAAUGUGACAGUAUACAGGGGUUCCAUAUAAACUUCGAUUGCACCGAUGGUUUCUCUGGCCUUGCCCUGGGAUGUAUAGAAUACUUGACUGAUGAGUACACCAAAAGUAUUCUUGCAUAUCCUAUAGUAGCAUCCCAUUUUGCAGAUAAUAAUAUGUCAACUGAAGAUGAAAGAGAAAAAUCAACUUUAAGAGACUCAAUAAGAUUAGUUAAUAUGGCACUAUCUAUUGAAGAGUUGUCACAACAUGCCACCAUGUUUGUGCCUUUAUGUACUGGUGAGAAAGGAUGGAGGAAGCCGGGCAACCCUAGAGUAUUUGACUACAUUAACUAUAAGCCAGAACAAUAUUAUCAUUCCUCUUCAAUACUCGCAUCUGCUAUAGACACAUUGAGUCAAAAAUAUAGACAUAAAAGUAAUUUUCAUACAAUGUCUGAUGUAUGUGCAGAUAUGACUGGGUAUGGUAGAAAGAUGGCUGCAGCAUCGCUUGGGAUGCCAUUUGCUAUAAAUGAAUCUGAAUAUCUAAUCGAUCAUUUAAAUACUACCACAAAACCUCUCUACACUUCUAUUACACCCAGCUGUAAGAUUGCCACAGAUAAAAUAUUCCAGCUAAUUACUGUGAGAGGAAUUCCAGAAUCCUACUUAAAGGCACCCUUGAAAGAAGCCAAAGAACAAAUGAAUCUUGCGGCAUACAGGUGCAGUAAUGUAAAAGAAAUGUUUGAAUUGUAUUUCCAAGCUAAUAACUUUUUAUCCGCUACAAAUGUUACAGUAUGCGAGAAACCGUUAGAACUGAAAACACCAUUUCCAAAUAUUUUCUCUGAUAACCUUAAUGAAUAUGGGUUUGUCAAAACUGAAAAUCAGCCACAAAAAGUAGAAAGCUGUCCAGUAAUAGCGGGCUACCACAAUGGUAAUUUUAUGGCUGACAUGAUUGAGAAACUGCACAGAGAUGUUAGUAGGAUUAAAUUUGCAAAACUACAUAAAUUCAAAGAGCAGGGCCUUGAGGAAGCCGAUUACAAAGAAAGUUUAGAUAAGCUGGCAGAAUUCAAAGACAACUAUGAGGAUGAUUUUGAGCUUUAAAACUAAGUAUGAUUCUAUUCAAGUAUUUUGUUAAAAUAAAUAUGACAAUUCAAAAUGUAGAAGUCUUUGUAUUUAAUAAAAUUAAGUAAAAUUCAUAUAUCUUUA